AUGCAAAUAACAGCACUACAGAAUUCGAUUCUAAAUGUGUUAAAUUUUACUACUAAUGGAAUUUCGGUACUUAUGUGUAUAGAUACAACGCAUAUGCUUGUAGAGUCUGACUGCAAAUGUCCAGAACAUUCUGGAUAUGCUAAUGAUACUUGCAUACCUGAUGAUGGAUUAUACUUCGAUACGGAUAAAUCUUGUGUUGAGUAUUAG